CGGAAGUGUAGGUCCAGUUGUGGUAGGUCCCGAGUGGGCGGCUGGGCGCGCCGCGUGGCGGGUCCCCGAGACUUAGUCUCGGCGGGCCGCCAUGGCCAGCGUCCACGAGAGCCUCUACUUCAAUCCCAUGAUGACUAACGGGGUGGUGCACGCCAACGUGUUCGGCAUCAAGGACUGGGUGACGCCGUAUAAGAUCGCGGUGCUGGUGCUGCUGAACGAGAUGGGCCGCACGGGCGAGGGCGCCGUCAGCCUCGCCGAGCGCCGGAGACUCAACCAGUUGCUGCUGCCGCUGCUGCAGUGCGUGGUCCUGAGCAUGGGAGACGGCCGUGAAUCGGACCGGGUCCUCACCGCAAGACCAAUCAAACUGAUGGCUGAAGGCGAACUGAAAGAUAUGGAGCAGUUUUUUGAUGAUCUCACAGAUUCCUUCUCUGGCACUGAACCAGAGGUCCACAAAACAAGCGUAGUAGGUUUGUUUCUGCGCCACAUGAUCCUGGCCUACAGCAAGCUGUCCUUCAGCCAGGUGUUCAAGCUCUAUACCGCCCUGCAGCGGUACUUCCAGAAUGGGGAGAAGAAGCCGGCAGACGACGCAGAUGCCGAGAUGGAACCAGCUGGCAGGGAGGAGGAGGAGGAAAAGAAAAUGGAGAAAGAGGAGCUGGACGUGUCCGUGAGAGAAGAAGAAGUAUCUUGCAGUGGACCUCUGUCCCAAAAGCAAGCGGAAUUUUUUCUUUCUCAGCAGGCUUCUUUGUUAAAAAAUGAUGAAACAAAAGCUCUCGCUCCAGCCUCCUUGCAGAAAGAACUGAAUAACUUGUUGAAAUUUAAUCCUGACUUUGCAGAAGCGCAUUACCUCAGCUACUUAAACAACCUCCGCGUCCAAGAUGUUUUCAGCUCAACACACAGUCUCCUGCAUUAUUUCGACCGCCUGAUUCUCACUGGAGCUGAAAGCAAAAGUAACGGCGAAGAGGGCUACGGCCGCAGCCUGCGAUACGCCGCCCUCAACCUGGCCGCCCUGCACUGCCGCUUUGGCCACUAUCAACAGGCAGAGCUCGCCCUGCAGGAGGCAAUUAGGAUCGCCCAGGAGUCCAAUGAUCACGUGUGUCUGCAGCACUGUUUGAGCUGGCUGUACGUGCUGGGGCAGAAGCGCUCCGACAGCUAUGUCCUGCUGGAGCACUCAGUGAAGAAAGCAGUGCAUUUUGGGUUGCCGUACCUCGCCUCCCUGGGAAUACAGUCCCUUGUUCAACAGAGAGCUUUUGCUGGGAAGACGGCUAACAAACUGAUGGAUGCCCUAAAGGACUCUGACCUCCUGCACUGGAAACACAGCCUGUCGGAGCUCAUCGACAUCAGCAUCGCCCAGAAAACGGCCAUCUGGAGGCUGUAUGGCCGCAGCACCAUGGCCCUUCAGCAAGCCCAGAUGUUGCUGAGCAUGAACAGCCUGGAGUCGGUGAAUGCGGGCGUGCAGCAGAACAAUACUGAGUCCUUUGCUGUCGCACUCUGCCACCUCGCAGAGCUGCAUGCAGAGCAGGGCUGUUUUGCUGCCGCUUCUGAAGUGUUAAAGCACCUGAAGGAACGAUUUCCACCUAAUAGUCAGCAUGCCCAGUUAUGGAUGCUGUGUGAUCAAAAAAUCCAGUUUGAUAGAGCAGUGAAUGACGGCAAAUACCAUUUGGCCGACUCCCUUGUUACUGGAAUCACCGCUCUCAAUAGCGUAGAAGGCGUGUACAGAAAAGCAGUGGUGCUGCAGGCUCAGAACCAAAUGUCAGAGGCACACAAGCUGCUCCAGAAACUGCUGAGCUACUGCGAGAAGCUGAAGAACACAGAGAUGGUCAUCAGCGUGCUGCUGUCCGUGGCUGAGCUGUACUGGCACUCGUCCUCCCCGACCAUCGCCCUGCCCGUGCUGCUGCAGGCGCUGGCGCUGUCCAAGGAGUACCGCCUGCAGUACCUGGCCUCCGAGACCGUGCUCAAUUUGGCCUUCGCCCAGCUCAUCCUGGGAGUCCCGGAACAGGCCUUGACCCUUCUGCACAUGGCCAUUGAGCCCAUCCUGGCCGAUGGCGCCGUCCUGGACAAGGGCCGCGCCAUGUUCCUGGUGGCCAAGUGCCAGGUGGCCUCGGCAGCUUCCUAUGAGCCUCCGAAGAAAGUGGAAGCUCUGGAGGCCGCUGUUGAGAACCUCAAUGAAGCCAAGAACUAUUUUGCAAAGGUUGACUGCAAAGAGCGCAUCAGGGAUGUCGUGUACUUCCAGGCCAGACUCUACCACACCCUGGGGAAGACCCAGGAGAGGAACCGAUGCGCCAUGCUCUUCCGGCAGCUACAUCAGGAGCUGCCUUCCCACGGAGUGCCCCUGAUAAACCACCUCUAAUAGAGGGGGACAUGGGUGCCCCAGUAAACCACCUCGAGGGAGGCUGUCCUGUGGUUGCUGUGCAGAGGAGGUGCGAUUUGGACUUGUUCCUGCCUUCCCUUCAGCUGAGGUGGGUGUGUGCCCCAUUUCAUGAAUAAACUCUGCUGAUCAAUG